AUGAAGAUCAAAAGCAUCUGUGAUUUUAUUUUUAUAUAUAUCUAUCCCAAACUCUUUUUAUAUCUAUCUAGCUGUUCCACUUUUCUUUCUUUCUUUCUUUCUUUCUAUCGAUCUAUCUAUCUAUCGCAGUCUCUUUCUUUCUGUCUACCUCAGUUUCUUUCUUUCUAUCUAUCUAUCGGUUUCUCUCGUGUCAGUUUAUAUUUAUCUGUUUGUUUAUCCCUAUUUCCGUCUUUUCAUAUCCUUCUGUGUAUUUCUUUCUUUUCCAUUUCAUCCAACUUCACUAAUACUUUCUCCCUCCCUCCAUUUCUAUCUAUCUAUCUAUCUAUCUAUCUAUUUAUCUAUCUAUCUAUCUAUCUAUCCCAGUCUCUUUGUUUCUAUCUAUCUCAUUUCUAUCUAUCUAUUUGUCCAUCCCUAUUUCCGUCUUUUUAUAUCUUUCUGUGUAUUUCUUUCUUUCUUUUCAUAUCCAACUUCACUGAUACUUUCUCUCUCUCUCUCUCUCUCUCUCUCUCUCUCUCCCUCCUAUCUAUCUAUCUAUCUAUCUAUCUAUCUAUCUAUCUAUCUAUCUAUCUAUCUAUCUAUGUCAAGUUGCCCUAUCUAUAUCAGUUGUUCAUAUCAGUCAGUCAGGUGCAUAUCCACGUAUUUCUCCCAACCAAAUGCAACCAAUAA